AUGGCUAUGACACCUGUCCAGCCUACGCCGAUCACCCGCACUCCAGACAUUGCCUUUCUAACAAACGCAAAAUUGACGCCUACGUUCUUGCCCCUUAUGCUGCUUUUUUUGUCCGUGCUUUUGACUAAGGGCUUUCCGAUAGUAGCACAAACCAAACCCGGUGGUGGUGCGACGAGUAGCGGUGGCCAACAAUCAAUACCAUGGAAACUCUCCCUGAAGGCAGACAAUUCAAAUGAGGGCGAACCCGCCAACAAACCCUCCGGUUCUCGGAAAAGACGAGGACGGAAAGUCAACGGCCACGACCCGCACGACCAUUAUUCAUCUGGGAAUUCAACCGCGACUGCUCCUGCAGAAGCAGUAGCCGAGUCAAACAAAAAUAAAGAAAUGAUGGAAGGCUUGCUCAAGCGUGUGACUCAACUUGAGCAAAUGGUCGCUCGGCAGUCGGUGGAGGUUAGACGUCUCAAGGAAGAGUGCAAGGAUUUGACCGAAGCGGCUGCAGCUUUUGCUCGUGUGGUGGAACUGUUGCGGGAUGCUGGUCUUCAAACAGGUGGUAGCCCUAAGGACCUGCAACAAAAAGAGGUUGAUGACAAGCAGGCUGCAAUGGAAGCCAAUUCAGAGAAACGGAUCAUUGAGUAUUUUGACGACUCAGAAAUCCUCGGUAAGGCGCCUGCUUCCGUAAUCGAAGCGGCGGACGCCGCGGGUUCCGCCAUCCUGGCCAUGAUGCUAGGCGGCAAGCAACGUAUGUUAGUUGACGUGCGAGACGCCGAGCUUUCUCGUGAUCCCGAGACGCUGGUACAAUUCAUCGAGCUCGCCAUUUUACCCGUCGCGGCCGGUUUGGAAGGUCUCAAAUCACAGCGGAACCGGCUCAAAAUUGUUUUUCCUACUGUAUCCCAACUGCUAGUCUAUCGGAAGACUAUGGCAUUGGCAGCGCCAGAAGUAGUUGCGUUGAGCACAUUUGGAUUAGAACCAGUCGAAAAGCAGGAUAAUUUGGUCGUAAUCGUUGCGCCCUCACCUGAUGACGAAGAAGGUUUGAUGGCGAUGAACGAACUACUGCAUCCGACGGAUCCCAACAGAAUAUCGAUAAAGCAGCCAGUGGUUAUUUUAAAUCACCAUAUGGUCCCCAUUUCUGGACCUGUCGCUGAUUUUGAGGUAGCUUACCACUUAAGGCUUCUAUCAGUUCAAUACAUGUCCGGUAAUGACGGUGCAGCGCAGGAAUACUUCAAGCAGUUUGAAGGAUCCGCUCCUCCAUUACCUGUAAAUACGCCGAGAAAUGAGACCGGCGAGAAAGAUUCCGCGGCCGAUGCAAACGCCACAACAAUAGCUGACACAGACGAUUUUGAUCGUCCCGGUGACGCCUUGUUGGAAGCUGCCAUGGAGCAUGCCCAACAAGUUGGUAUGUCGCAAGGAGUGACUAGGGCCAUGGUGAUACGGGCCUAUCCUAAACCGUGGCACGUCUUUGUCGAUACAUCGCCUGGCACCGACGCAGACUUUGUUGUGGCGGCGACCUAUGACAACGAACCGUCACCACAAGAAGUCAAUAUAGCGAUUGUGGAGUGUCUAGAGGGCAGCGAGCGGGAAGAUGAGCUAGUGGCACAGCAAAUGCAGGAAGCUCUUGAGUCGGGACAAUUGGAUAGGGUCUCGAAGAUGUUGGAAAUGCUGGAUUUGGAAGACGGUGAAGAAGACGAAGAUGAUGAAGGUGACAGCGCUUGGGGUCUCUUUGGCGAAGACACUGUUUGA